AUGGAGCUGAAACUUGGGGGGCUGUUGGGAGCUCGUGCUCUGGCUGCUUUGGGAAGGAUCCAGUCCCAGUGCGCCUCAGUGGAAGACGCCAUGGAGCUGCUCCGGAUGACAAGGCAGAUUGUGCAAUUCGCGCGCGAAGGGCUCUGGGAGCAUGCCCUGGACGUCUUCAAGCAGAUGCGCAGGAUGGGGGAGUGUCCAGAUGCCAUAAACUAUAACGCUUUGGUUGGAGCCCUGACCAAGAGCUUGCAGCUACAUCGCGCCGUCAGCAUGUGUGACGAAAUGACGAAUCGGCGACUCGAGAUGAACGGCAUUACCUUCAGCCCGUUCCUGAAGCACUGUCACGCUUGGUGGCAAGCACUAUUCGUCCUUUCCGAGAUGUCGCGCUCCCAUCAUGUUCCACCUGCUUUGAUUAAUGCUUGCAUGUCCGCAUGCUUGAAAGCUCAUCGGCUCUCCUUGGUCUUCAUGCUCUGGAAUCAGAUGCGAAGUUCUGCCAAGAUUGCAGUUGACGCGAUAACGUACAGUGUCGUUCUGAAAGCCUUUCAGCAGAGCUCCGAGUGGGCACUGGCCAUUGAGCUUUUCGCAAAGUUGCAUUCGAGACUUGGGAUCGAUGCCGUCGCCUUUAACACUAUGCUGGACACGUGUGAGAAAGCAACACAAUGGCAGCGGGGGCUGCAAUUGUUCUGCGACGCGCCAGUGCUUGCGGUCGAGCCAGAUGCCGUGUCGCAUGCCACGGUUCUGAGCUCAUUGAACAAAGGCUUUCAGUGGAUGGUGGCAUUAGAGAUGUUCAGCCGAUUUGCACAGCGGCGUGGAUACCUCGAUACUGCGGUCUGCAACACAGCCAUGAACUCAUGUGCCCUUGGGAAGAAGUGGAUAGAAGCUGCACGCCUUUAUGAAGAUCUGCGGCGAGUAGGACUUCCACCAAAUGUCAUGACAUGGAACACCUUGCUUAACGCAUUCGAGAAGGGCGUGCAGUGGCUGCGUGCAUUGUCAUACUUGCAGGGAUGGCGCGCAAGCACGUCAAGCACGUCGCAGAUGGAUACGGUCAGCGUCAACACUGUGGUGAGUGCCUGUGCAAGAGCAUACCGAUGGCAACAAGCUCUGGACGUUUUCUCCGUUAUGUCUUCGCAGAGCGUGCCGAUGAACGUGGUGACCUUCGGAACGUUGAUCAGUGCUAGCUGUCGAGGUGGGAUGUGGAUGCAUGGGCUUGGCUUGCUGGCGAAAGCUCGUCAACUCUUCGGCCCGCAAGCUGUCCUCUAUAGCAGCGUCGCGGCGGCAUGCCACAGUUGCCAGAUGUGGGAGCUGGCUCUGGUGGUGCGCCAAGAAUGUCUGCAACUGGGGCUGCCGAUUGACUUGCCCCUAGCGGAGACUUCACAGACGGGACCUGCAGCCAGCAACCGCGGGUGCCGGGUUGACGAGCGAGCAUGGAGCGCUUUCUUCCGCAGCAUCAAGCAGGACUUUGGAAGGUAUUCUGCAAUGCCUGAUAUUGAGUCGCCUGACUCUCUGCAUGAUCUCGGCUACGUGCGCGAUGGUUUCGUGCACUGUGGCCUUGGGCAUCGACCUUCUCGGCAUUAG